CCUAAACCUAAGUCUAAGCCUUUGGGUGGUCAGGUUGGGGACACUCGUAGUAAAUCUGAGAUCAUCUCCGACCCCAGCGUAACCAAACGCAGUCGACAGCCUGAUGGGGCGGAGGCAGCAAGCCUUGAUCACAACACCGGGGACGGCAACUGUAACAGCAAUGAGCUGGCCGUCGGCGGGGGUCUCCCUGAUGCCAGGCUGUUGUCAGAGGAUGCCAGGAGCAUUCUUAACGACAUUCAGACAGGUCAGUGGCAGACAAGCAACAAACAUGCACAUCAUGGAAGCUGGCUAAUCUUUAAACAUGUGGUGACUUUUCUAAAGAAGUUAGGACUUACAAGUGUGCAGGAAAGAUGAUUUACAUUGCGGCAAUAGAGCUUUUCAAUGAUCUUGUUUAUUAAAUUAUUCGUUGUGUGUUGACCAAAUGUCUUAGAAAUCCUUCAGGGAACUAAGAUAACUGUUUGGGAGUCUUCAACAAAAAUGAUUGUUAUACAUUUCAGGGAUAUCAGAUAAUGGGUCUAAAGUGAAAAGUCCAGGUCGACCGGGUGUCAAGAGAAAAGCACCAAAGCCUUCAGGUAUGCUAAUGUCUGUCUGUAGCACCAAAGCCUUCAAGUAUGCUAAUGUCUGUCUGUAGCACCAAAACCUUCAGGUAUUUUGUUAGGGUAUUUUUUGUUUUCUUUGGGGAAUGAUUGCCUAUAAACUCAAUAUCUAUCAUUAAUUUUAAUAUUGCAAUUGAAGGGUUAAAAACAGCUUUUAAAAGUUGAUAAACAACAUACAAAAUAACUUGCUAGGAUGUACAUUUUCUGAAUUUUUUUUGUCAUUUAUUACAAGAACCUGAAAAACACCAGCAGCCGUGUGAGAAAAGUCGACAUUAUGACCAGGAAUCAGUGCGCAAGUUUAUUGCUACACAGAAAGCUAAGCGGUGCAAAAAGCAACAAGAGGUGGGUAUUCUAUUGCUUUCUGUCACAGAACACACACACACACACACACACAGACACACUCAAUUUUACAAAAUUGGGACAUUAAGUAGUUUGUACACAAAAUGCUUUAAUAAAGUUUGAUUAUUAAUGCAAAUAUGUACAAGGGAGAAAAAUAAAACUGAAAAAAACUUUUUUAGAGAAAACCUAUUUUAUUUGGUUCAAGGAACAGAUUUUGAGGAGGAACUCUAUUUCCUUACUCUUUUGCAGGAAAAGUUGGCCAACAAGAGAGCCCAUGAGAAAAAACUCCAGCUUAUGUCUGAGUUGGCUGAGAGACAGAGGAGACAAGCUGUGAAAUCAGCAGCUGUUGCACGGGCUGCUGGAGAGGGGGAGAGGAAACGGAAAAAUGACUGUAGAGUGGUGAGUGACAUUAUUUUGUACAACAUUGGUAAAUUGUGAAUAUUUUAUUUGCAUCAGUGAGCAUGGUGAAGUUUCACACCUGCUUGUGCAUGGUUCAUAAUCCAUUAUAUUAAUGUGACAAUAGAUUAUCUAGAUUUGAAGAGAGCCAUGUUUAUGCAAUAGUGUUUAUUAUUAUAAUUUAGGAUGUUUUCAGGAUAAUAUAGGAGUUUAGUCAUAGAAAAUUAACUCAUAUUUGUGUCAAAUUUUAAAAAAUUAAUUUAAAAAAAUUUUAAUGUUACAAUGAAUAAAUAUUUACAGACACCGAAAGGAAAUAAGGAUAAUAUUGAGACCAUGGAGCUGGACCACGAAGAUGAUUCAACACUGACUGGUGACUCAGAGGAUGAGUCCACACCACAGGCCACACCUAGACUGAUGGAAAAGUAGGGGGAUCACUCGUUAUGUUUGUUAUUUUAGUGCUGUAGUCCUUUUAUAUAAAGUGCAAUCAUAUAUUUCAGUACAACAAUAGACAUAAGUUGCAUGUCAUUAUGUUUGUGGGUGGCAUACCUGUAUUUUAUUAACAUAAAGGAAAUUUUUUUUUUUUUUUCAACAAUUAUUUGUAAACAUAAUUUAUUUUGUGUCUCUUUCAUUCAAAUAAGAAAAGUAAUUUUGGAGGUUCAAUAGAAAUAUAAACAAAGAGUUGAUUUUAUUUUCAGUGAAACCAACAAACAUUUUUUGUUAUUUUAGUGCUGUAGUCCUUUUAUAUAAAGUGCAAUCAUAUAUUUCAGUACAACAAUAGACAUAAGUUGUAUGUCAUUAUGUUUUUGGGUGGCAUACCUGUAUUUUAUUAACAUAAAGGAAAUUUUUUUUUUUUUUUCAACAAUUAUUUGUAAACAUAAUUUAUUGUGUGUCUCUUGCAUUCAAAUAAGAAAAGUAAUUAUGGAGGUUCAAUAGAAAUAUAAACAAAGAGUUGAUUUUAUUUUCAGUGAAACCAACAAACAUUGGAAGACGCCAAGAGAUCACGAGGCAGCUGCUGACCAGUCGUCCAAGCCACAUCUGAACACAACAGUGACCUUGGCCGGCAACACCGCACAAGACACAACACCCGGCAGCAGGUACAUUGAGUUCAAGGGACAAAAACUCAGCCUGGAUGUGGACAGUGUUAUGGACAGGUUUUCUCAGGUAGCCACUUUGAGUCGUCCAAGCUAGUUAUAAAUCUACAUUUUUUUUUACACAAAGUACCAACAGCGGUGUGAAUUGAGGAAUAAAUUUGGUUUUAUUCUUAUCAGGAUUAAAGCAUCCAUCUAACUCUUCUUUUUGAAAUUACUUUAUGCAAGGGCUUAACCGGGUGCAGUUUUUUUUCACCAGGUCCAGGUAUUUUAAGAAAAUACCAGGCGGGUCCAAGUGUUACAAAAAAAGAGUUAACUUCUCAUUUUCUAUAAACAAUAGUCCAAACAUUCCUACACCUUACCCAUGGCUCUUUAUUGAUUAAUGUAAUAGUCGCCUCUGGACAAAUUCAACCUUCUUUCCCGAGCUCAACCCUCAUGCAUAACUCAGUACUAUUAAUGAAAAACAUGUUGAGUUGGAGGGCUGGUUGUGAAAAGGAAGCAGCCAUACCAGAAGCAAAAUAUAUUUAAGAGAUAAAAAUAAGGAGUUGUUGACUGUGGCCAGAAAUCUCUCUUAGUGCUAAGCAAUAUAUGGUACCAUUAAAAAAAAUAAAUUAUUGAAUAAUAAGAUUUUUGUCAAUGAGUGUGGAUACAAACUGUAUUUUUAAAUGAUGAGUAAGGCCAAACUGAUUGGCAAAUUUUGUGGUAAUUAAUAUUGUCAAUGAGUAUGGAUACAAACUGUAUUUUUAAAUGAUGAGUAAGGCCAAACUGAUUGGCAAAUUUUGUGGUAAUUAAUAUUUUAAUAACAUGACUUUAGAAAGUACCAAAUAAAAUACGAGGUGUUAUUUUGUUUACAACAGUGCACUUGGAUUGUGUUUCAGAAGCUCAUUGAAUUAUUUAUAUUCAACGUUUGUUGAUAUGCCUUACAACAAGGAAUAUCAAUUUGAUCAAUUUUUUAGAGAUCGGUAGUCUCAUGCUUGAAUUUCACAUUUCACCAGAUUGUAAGCCACAGAAGGGGCCAGGAAGUGGGGUCAACAUUGGGGUCAGCCGGUGUUGGUGGAGGUUCAAGGUCAGCCCUGCCCAACUCGUUCGAGUUUAAGCUACAGAGCAACAGCGUCUUCACCGGCGGCCACAACCCUCUGGGGGAAGAGACGGCCUUUGCCCUGGGCAUGUCCAACUCUAUAGCCAGGACGAAUGAGGAGAGGAAGCAAGCCAUCAAAGCUACGGCCUUGACCUUACAAAGCCGAUUAGCCGAAGGCAAAAGAAAGCUAGAAGGUGUGUUUUUUGUUACAUUGUGACCGAUACUUGUAUGUAAGCGAUGCUUCCAUUGUUGGCUUUGUUGUGUUGUUUUCUUCAAUGUUAAUAUUUCUAGAGGCACCUACCUGUCUAAUCUAUGCAUUCUUUUACCUAGGAUGGGUAUACAUGGUAAAAAAAAUGCCCGGUGAGGCAAGUUGUAACUAAUUCAUGAUUAUGGUCAUGGGAUUGUAAGUGGGGGGGGGGGGUCCAACUAUGUAGACACUUUGUUAACCAAUUAAAUACAAUUGAACAUGAACUAAAUGCCAAGAAAGGGAGAGUUAUACAUGGUAAAAAAAAUGCCCGGUGAGGCAAGUUGUAACUAAUUCAUGAUUAUGGUCAUGGGAUUGUAAGUGGGGGGGGGGUCCAACUAUGUAGACACUUUGUUAACCAAUUAAAUACAAUUGAACAUGAACUAAAUGCCAAGAAAGGGAGAGCUGGGAUAUUUAGAUAUAAUGGAAGAAAGCUUUAAUUGAGAGAGCUUUGCUUUGGCGUUUAGUUGUGAAGAAAAAUAUGAGCUGUCAUUGUUUUGAAGAUAUGUUUUUUAAAUAGGGUCAAGAAAUGACUAAAUGGCCAGCUUGACUUAGUCGAUUGCAAUUAAAGAUUGCAAUGUUGAUCAUCUGUUUUACCCCAUCUAUGAUUAAAUGAUGUCUUUGUUUCUUUGACCUUUUACAACUAACCCCCCUCUUUAACCUUCCACGGCAGAUGUUAAUUUUCAUGAUGCUGGCCAGCAAGGUAGCCCAGACUUUGUUUCCCGCUUCAGUAGGCUCAUUGGCAACAACAACGAAUAUGCUGUUUUCACCUCCAAUCUUCCAGGUCAGUUCAUCUUCUACACAAAAACUUUACAUAAGAUUUUUUAAGAAUCUAUCGGUGUCCCCACUGUGCACUCUGGGAUGCUUAGUUCUUUCUCGGAAAUUUAAAAACAAAUUAAACAAUUAAUCAAAGAAACUUAGCAAAUAUUUUUAAGCAAUAAAAGCAACUUAUUUAUUUUAGUUACACUGCUGAAGUCAAGAACUAGGAAAAUUUUGAAUCAACAAGCUUAUUACAAUGACAUUAUUUACCAGCAACUUUAUUAAGUCUCAAAUCAAUGUCCCAUGAUUUUUGACAUCCAUUCUGUUACCAGGUUCUAAACCAACAGCUAGCUCCAACCAAACCAUCACCCCACAACAGCAGGCCCAGGCAGCCACACGGAUACAGGCAGCUUACAGGGGUCAUAAUGUCAGACAGGCUCUUAACUGGGAACUGCCCAGCGGCCGUACUUUAGGUCAUAAGCUAGAACGAAGUAGACAGGUAAUUUUGAUUAUAAUACUCCAUUAUGUACUUUUAUGGAAAUUUUGGAAUUUAAAAAAAUAUAAUUAACUUAGCUUUGAUUAAAUUUUGGACAGAUGUAAAAAAUUGUCAUAAAUAAAUUACUUUGUUUUUAAUUAUGUUUCAAAUGUUUUUGAUAAUGAGCUAACCCUUGUAAAAACCAAUUCAAAUGGAUUAGCAUAAAUAAAAGAAAACAAUUUAUUAUAUUUUUUUCAUAUCCUGUAUUAAGUAUGAACCUUAAAAAUAUUUUUUUUUUUUCAUUUUGCAUGUAUUUCUCCUGUGUUUGGUCAUUUAUUUCCUUUAAAUGUUUUUUUAGAACAGACUGCUGAAAAAUUAGGAUGAAUUCAAAACUCUUCAAAAUUAUCUUUUUUUUUUUUUAUAUUCACUAAUUUUCUGAACCCUCUAGGUUAAAGGUUACAGACAUGAAGAUGAUGAUGCCUCAGAGCUCACAGAGACGUCAACGUUUAGUGAAAUUACUGCCACUGAGCCAUCAGAUGAUGCAUUACCUGGAGCUGACAUUCCAGGGAACAGGGUAAGUCCUGGAAAUCCAAGGCAUAGCUGUCCAACAAGCUUAAGUGUUGGCACAUUAAAGAGACACAAACAAUUUGUGUCAUUUUAAAAAAUGUAUGUUAAGCUUUAACUAUGUUUACACAAAAGAAAAAUUUAAACAUUUCGGCAACUUCAUUGGUAAAUUAAAUUUAAAUAAUAUACUACCUAUAUCUAAAAUUGAAAGAAAAUUAUUAAAAAAUGGGCAGAAGUCCCUAAUGAAAACAAAGAUCAGAAGAAUGGAAAGAAAAUACUGUGUGGGCGUACAAUUUGAAAACCUAACGGGAAAACUCGCGUACAAUAUACCAGUAACUGCAAUGUCUAUUAUUCCAUUAUGGUUCGCACCAUUGACAAUGUUUAGAAACAGGACACUGUGCUUGUUUAUUAAUGUUUGACAGGUUUUUUGUUGUACUGAUGAAGGAACUAGCCAAAACGUUAAAAUUUUAAUCUACUUAACAGCUUUAUCACAGUCCAACACUUUUAUUAGUGCUUGUAUGAUUGUGUUUCAAAAGCUCACCUUCUAGCUUUCUUUUGCCUUCGGCUAAUCGGCUUUCUAAGGUCAAUGCUGUAGCUUUGAUGGCUUGCUUCCUCUUCUCGUUGGUCCUGACCGAUAAACGAUGCUGCUAGGUAGCCGUCCAUGGCUUGACAUGUAAAUAGUUCUUGAAUGUGUGGAGUGAAUAUAUAUUCGUUUUGUUUUAUUUAAUAAAUGUAUGUUAAUUUUUAAGUUCAUGAUUUAUGUUUGUUAAAUUGUAUGUACAAUUGGGGUACUGCGGUGUAUAAAACCACCACUAAUAAUAAAUCUGCAGAAAUGUCAUCCACUCAGGGCUUAUAUUGCAUGUGUUAUUCAGAAUGUAGUAAUGUUUAUUCACAACAACAUCCCAUGGAUUUUCACCUUCUUACACUAUCUUGUUGGUUACAUAAAUGUGUGUGUCAUCAUUUUCAUUAUGUUGUCUGUUGGUGGAAAUUUGUAUUUCAACCACCACCUUGAAUGUAUCAGAUUAUUUAAUGCUAAGCAUUUAUUCUCUGUAACACCCUGUCAUUGCCUUGUCCAGAGAACACAGAGCAGCAGACAUCACAGGAAUGAAGGUUCCAGCCGUACCAAGCCCACACCUGCCACCUACAAGCCCCCAUCUCAGUACGCCUGGGUGGAAACUCAGCCAGAUCCCUACAGUGUCAUGAGCGUUUUCUCCAGACAGAGCAAAUAUCUGGCUGCUGGUAGGUUAUUUGUUAUCGACAAGUACAAAGUGGGCAUUGAAUUUUACUUUUGACUAUUAGUUAAAAUGGUCACGUAUUUAACUCUCAAAAGACUGUAGAUUUUUCCAGUUUUUAAUGACCUUGAAUAUAUCUUAUUCUUCAAUGUGUCUCAUGACUGUAAUUUUGUAGCUACCUCCAAGUAUUAUAUAUCAUUUUAAAGGUAAUUGGAUGGUCUUUAAUUGAUAUUUGGUGUUUGUUCAAAAUAUCCUUGCUAAAUUUGAUGUUUUAUUAUUUUUUGGCAAAUAAGGAAGAAAAAAAAAGUGUUUCCAAUUAAAUCAAUAAAAUUGAUAUUUUAUUAGAAUGUGUUCAAUACUAUAAAACUUAUUCAAAUUUCAAAACAAUAGACUCAUAAAUAAAAAAGUUAUGACUAUUUGUAGGCAACAGAUCAUUCAAGGAAAUAUUGCUCAAAAAGUCAAAAUUAUUUUCAAAAAAUAAUAAUAAUUUUUUUUUUCAAAGGAAAACAUAUAACGCAUCAUAUUAUCCUUUAGAGGAUUAUUAGUAAGUAUUAUUUUAGAAGAAAAGUUAAGAAAAAAAGGCACAUUUUAAUAAAUAAAAAAUUUGUAUGCAUCCCCAAGAUACCGAUCAAAGGAUAUAAUCCUUCGCCAAGACCAUGCAUAAAAAUUCUUGAAAACAAUUUCUUAAAACAUACAAAUGUAUCAAAAAGAAAGCCUGUGACAUAUGCUCUGACCAUUUUACCCUGUUUUGGUAACCCACAAUUACAUUUUUUGUUAUUGUCAUGUCGCGGCGCACGAUGUAAAGAUUUCGGGCUUUACAGUAUCGGGUUCAUCAUCAAAGAUGUCAUUUGUUCCCUAAAUUGUUCAUUAAUUGCUACAUUUUCUUGAUGCCGAUACAGUUGAUUGUAUUUUGCAUUGAGAUACAGAAGUGUCUCCCAAUUUUGCACAGCAUGUUUCCUUUAUUUUCAGUAUCAGAAACUUUUAGGAAACUCAAUAUAGCCUUGAAUAUGUCCUUAGUACUAAUGGCCUUGCUCAUUGUCCAUCAUAAAAGGAUUUCCUGGACAUUUCUUGUAAAAUUAAGAGCUUGAUAAGUCCUUCAUUCAUAAUAAAUCCACUUAGUAGAUAAAACUCCCCUUCAAUGAUGUUAUAAUGGUACCAAUUUUUGAAAACACAAAAGUUCUGCAGCCCAUUGUUCUGCGCACAAGGCUUACUAAUAACCAACCAAAUCUGUAGUAAAGUAGAGGGUGAAAAUGUCAAUUCGCUUUUAAAAUCUCCUUAUAUCCUCUCUUGUUAUAACAUCAGGAAGCAAUAGUGCUUUUUACCUCUGGUCUAAAUGCAGCAAAGAGUCCCACAUUCUUUUGUCAUCAUAACCCAUUGUAUUGACUAUGUUUGACAUCUGCCCUUCAUAGCAUAGAUGCUGUCAAAAUAUAUUUAAAAAAUUAGUUUAGCUAAAAUUAAAAAAAUUACAAUAUAAAUAAAAAGAAUUCAAAAUAUUAAACAAUCUGCCUAAAUUACUUUUACUUCAACUUUUCAUUGAAAAGGAACACAGCUGAUUGUUACAGUGUAAUAAUAGCCUUGGCCUUGAGAACCAUUGUUUACAUUUUGCUAACUGAAACGUAAUGAUAUUAAAAUAAUUGUAUAACUACUAAUUAGUUUCAAACAAAUAAAUAAUUUAAUCUAUUUCAGAAUUUUAUACUACUGGAACUUGAAUAAAACUAAUGUUAGGGCUAAUAAUAGUGCUAAGAAAGUAUCACAGUAUGCGUGAGUUGAGUAUGAAUGAAAAAAAGUAAACAAACCUUUGUUACUAUUAUUAUGAUGAUAAUUUACAGAAUUCUCGGUAUCAGACACAUCUGAAGUGCUAUCUUCAUCAAAAAUAUUUCUCUAAGUGAGAAUAGUUGUCCAUUUCAAGCUUAUAAUCAGAAUCAGACUCUAUAGCAAUGUUUUAGAGUGUAGUAACAGUGAACCGGAAUUGUGGCAAAAUAUAAGUAAAUGGCGAAAAGGAAAAUUUAUGAAUGGACAAGUUGCUACCAGAUUUCUUCAAGAACUAGUAAUAUAAACGAUUUUUCUUUCUUGCCAAAUAGAAAUUUAACAUUCCAAAAUUGUAAAUCUUUAUUUUCGCCUUUUAAUAUUAUUUUUAUAUAUAUUUUAGGGGUUGUUUUUUUUAACCCGCCAUAUAUGACCCAUUUUUCAAUCUCCCGUCUUUUGAGAGUUAAGGUUUGUUUUUGUCUGUGCUAAUGUUUAAAGUGUUCAAACUAUAUUGACUACAUAGACCUGUUGGGACAAAAGCUCGUGGGUGGCAUGUAAGUCACAGUUUUUAUUGGUUAAACAAACAAUAGCACAGAUUGCACUGUUAGAUUAUCCAAUGGCUGUUGGUGGGUAGCACAAUAUUCAAUCAUAAAAAAACGAACUGCUAUUUUUGCUUUGCUUUCAUUAAAUUUAACAUCAUGCUUAAAAAAAGUUUUAACAUCUAUGUAUUUAGUUGACUGGUUUUGAGUGACUUUAUGGAAAUAUAUUUUGUGUUGAUUUCAAAUGUCCAGGUUCCCUACAAGCUGAUAUGCCUAACAGAGCUACAGUAACAAGUACCUCUACAACUGUGACGUCUACACUAUCUAAGGCCAAUGCUGCCUUCAUUACCAACCUUGAUCUUACAUCAUUAAAGGUAUGUAGAUGAAAUGUUAUGUCUUAUGCCUCCAUUUUAAUAAGAUAUUUAUUAUAGCCACAAUUUCGGCUUUAGGAAAUAUUUUAUAACAUUCAAUAAAGAUAUAAAUAAAUAACAUAUCUAACUUAAGAAUUUGUUCUGCAAUAUUUUACAAAAAUAAUUUACUACGCUUAAUGGUAAUAAAUUUGGAUAAUAUGUGUGACGCAUUUUAUAUUAAGAAAUAAAUAAAUUUGAUGUUAUGUGGAAGAUAGGGUUAAUUAAAAGUCUGCUUCAUUUUGUCUUGUUUACCCAGCAACAAGUGAUAACAUCCACUGAGCACAUCUCUGUUGGAAAGACAUCGUCUGGCCAGCCAGUCGUGGCUAAAACUAGGUACACUCGACUUGAAGCUGGCGUCAGGGAGAGGUCAGCGGCGGACCACAGUAACAGUGAUGUGUCUUCCUCCCAGUCUGAAUCGGCCAGUGCACUGCCAUCCAAACAUUCUACAUCUCAACACAAGGCUGGGCAUUCUUCUCAACACAAGGCUGGGCAUACUUCCCAACACAAGGCUGGGCAUUCAUCACGGUCAGUCUGUUCUGUCAUAUAGUCAUUUCUGUACUUAACAAAAUACACCAUCAAAGCUUUACCAAGCCAGUCAGACUUCAGAGAAAAGGCUGAGGUCAGGUCAUUUAAUCUUGAUCUGCUGUUCAGUCCAAAAACAUGUGUAUGAGAUGACUUUCAUAUCAUUUCUAUUGACCUUAUUUUAUGGUGUUUUAUUGCACUCAGUGUAACAUGCAGGGUCUAGUGGUUACAAAAACUUCUUAUUAAUUACACCUUCAAAAAGAAGUGGUGUAUUUGAUAGUUUUACCAUAAUUCCAGCAUCUGCCACCUUUGUUGAAACUACUGAAAUCAUCAGUGCCAUUGGGGGAUUCACAUUUUUCAGUCAAAAUUUAAAUAAACCUAGUUAUAUGUAACCUGUUACCAAAAAAGAUUAAAGUGAAUUUGAAAUCCUAACUUUUGGUGCAGACAUUAGCUUCAUAAAUCAUGUCAAAGUAUGUGUUAUUUCCCUGUAGGUCUCAUGAUGCUGGGUCCAAAUCAGAACCAGUCUAUACAAUGACUUAUGAAAGGUGAGUUUCAAUACUACAUUUUAUAGAAUCUUUUAUAGAUAGAAACGAAAACAUUUUUUUUCUUUUUGCAACCCUAUAUAACAAGAUUUUAUUCUUUCAAACUUACAGUUAGACACCAGUAAUAAUUUAUCUACAAAGUUUUUUUGUGUGUUUUUUUUAAUCUUUUGCUCUUCAAAAUUGUAACUCAUUAUUCCUCAUUGAUAUUAAUUUUUAAACCAAAAAAUAAUUUUCUCAUUAAACUAUUAUUAUUUUUCUUUCAAAGAUUAAGAUAAUAUUGUAGAAUUUGUAUAGUUUUUGUGCCCUAUUUUACAGUUACAGAAGAAGAAUGUAUUACUCUGAUACUUCAUCAACCAUUUCUUCAGAGUAAAGACACAUUUUGUUCAUCUUUGUUCAGAUUGCCUUGCAUUCACACAUUCACCUCUUUUGUGUUGCCUUUCAUGGCUCUUAUCCAUGAAUCUCAAUUAUUGAUUCCAUCACCAAAGAUUAAUAGUGAAUUAUUGUUAAUUAAUUGUUAUCCAUAGAUCAAAAGUGAGAUAGCACAUCACUUGCUUUAUCUAAAUACUGUUGAUGAUCACAAGACAGUUUCUGCUUCACACUAGUUUCAUUUUAAACAUUUUCGGUUUAUAAAAGCUAGGCACCUUUUAACAGAAAAUUCAGCUAUAAUAAAUAUUAAAGAAGCUGGGGACGCUUCUUCUAGUUAAAUAAAUUUUGUUUUGGUCAUUUUAUUAAAUAUUUCAUUAAUUUCAAUUUUAAAAUGAUGUGAUGACCUUGUGCAUAAACUAAUAAUGCUUUGGAAAUUGAUAAGAUGUAUAAAUGAAAUCUGCCUUGUUAAAGUAUUAAACAAAAUUUGAGCUUAUUCAUCAUUUUCAAAUUGCAUCGGCUGACAACUAUAAGCCAUGAACUGCACUGCCUCCUCAUAAGUUUGAAUGCUUGCUUUGGCCAGCACUCAGUCAUUUCUAGUUUCUCCACUUUUUGUUCAUGUAUUGAAUUCAUGAUUGAAUUGUUUAAAAUUUCUCUGAAGUUUAUAAUGCUAAAAAAAUGUUAUAAAUGAAAUUUAUUUCCUGUGUAAUAUUACCACCCCCUCUAUCCAUCACCAUGUAAUCCUAUGAAAUAUACAUAGAAGUUACAUAGAAAUAAAGCGCAUGCUAUUUGAAGGUUAAUCUAUUUAACAGUGUUACAUGGCAUGACUUUGGUUGCUAUGGUCGCGUCAGGGGCUGGUGGAACUGAAAUGGAAUUUAUCUUGUUAGUGGGGUGCAGAAGGAAACUAAAGUCAAUGAACAAUGGUGCUUUCUGACUUAUUUAAAUGAAGAAACUUUUCAUUCAAUCCUUAAAAAUUUAACCUGGUGCGCAUUUUUUUAUAUUCUUGUGUGUAUUACUCUCUCUCUCUCUAUCUCCCCCCCCCCCCCCCCCGAAUAUUUGUAAUUAUACUGCUUUCUGGUAAACAAAGGCUACAUCAUGGCUUAAAUUUAGUUUUUUCUGCUUCCUAUAGCUAUUUCUAAGACCUCUGAAUUGUUUACAACAUACAUUUGCCCUGCUGUUCAUAAAAAUAUUGUAGUAUGAAAAACAAAAUAAUUAUGCUUUUGAUAGAUAUGUUAGUUUAUGCUCAAAUGUAUGUAAAUAUGUGUUAGUUAAAUCAGAAAUUUAUUAAUGCUCAGCAAAUUUUUAUUCAACUAUAUUUAAUUUUCAGAAUUAAAAAGAUUUAAGUCUAAAUGUAAAUAUUAGCUGUCAGAAUCAUUUUAAAGUAUUAUAGAUGGUUUUAAGAUAAAAUAUUAAACUUAACAUUUGACUUGAUGGUAAUGAUUUGUGAUUGAUGCUUGAGUACUUAUUUAGUUUGUUUUGAUUGUUUUCAGCGAUGAAGAUGAGGCGCACAAGCCAUCCCACAGAACAGCUGCCAGCAAGAAAUCACAUUACAGCCGUCAGGUGUCUGACGCCGGGGUGGAGACGGAUGUGUCACAGAUGAGCGAGGAUGAACCUCGGCACAUGAGGUCAAAGGUCAGUUCCAUGUCCCUCUGAUGCCUUGAACCUUAGAAAUAAGGAUACUGUGGAAAUACUUCAAUUCAUUUUAUGAACACAUCACCUCUGACUCACACCCUUACUUUAGGUCUUUGUCUGUGCUCUUUAUAAGUGUAUGCUUUUCAUCCUGGUUUUAAUGGGUCAACCAAACCAACUUAGAUCAAUGACUUUGUUAGACUACAUGUCUAGAUCAAUUGUGUAACAAGAAAUGUUCAGGCUUGAUAAAAAAGACAUGACGCACUCCCUUGUAUAUAUAUAUAUAUAUUAUUGCACAUCUACAUGUAUUUAAAUGUAUUUAAAUAUACUUUGUUACCCACGUCUUUAGCUGGAGUCGGCAGCCAGCCGAGCAGACGCACAAGCCGUAGCCCAUGACCGAGUGCCGGUGUCGGCCUCCCGGGGCGCGGGCGAUGGCAGGUUGUCUCCUAACUCACUGGCCAACAAAUUCUCCGCCAACCUGAACUACCUUGAGAGCAUGGAGGAAUCCUUGAGACAGGUGGUCGGGAUGGAACGAACACGGGGCAUUUCGUUGGCACAGCAAGAAACCGUCUCACUGGCCCAAGUCCUUAAGGUAAUGCAUGACGGGUGGCUCACUCACAACUCCAGGUGUGGGAUUUUUAUGUGUUGUGUCAAUAAUAUACGUCGGUUGUGAGCAUGGAUUAUUUGUGUAUGUUUACAAUGGUUUUUCUUCAAUCUUCUGUGGGGUGUCAAGUAUUUUCAAUAAUAAAAUGUCUUUCUUUUUUAACACUGUGAUUUUAUAGUGGGAAAAACUUUUAAAAUGCUCCACAAGUUUGAUUGUGCUUUACACUAGAUAAGUUGUCUUGUGUAUGGCCUUCUGGAUGACUUAUUGUUAUUAUGUCCUCAAACCGUCCACUGCAGGCCAGACAACAGGAACAUAGUGCCGAACUGCGUCACCUUCAGCUAAAGGCCCAAAAAGAGGCCGUCGAUGCCACCCAGCAGUUAGACACCAUGAGGACACGACCAGGUCGACAUAUGGCCGUAGAGAAAUCAGGUCAGUUGCCUUAAAGCCUCAUAGAUGAAAUGGGUGAUGUUUUCUCUAAAGGUUAUAGUGAAUGGUAAUGGUUGGUGGUUUAAUGAUGAUUGAUUGGUUACAAUCUCACAGUUUCAAGACAUUGUUUUACCAGGUCAUUAGAAGAGAUCUUUUAAUACAGAACAAGUCUAGUAUUGCUUAUAAAAGUCUAUGGGAUCAACUUCAACAUUUAGAGGAUUAGCCGUUAUUAUCAGUCCUCACCAAAUAAGUUCAAUAUAAUUAGGGUCCAUCUGAUAGGGACAUCAUAUGAUUUCAGACAUAUUCCACCCCCCACCCCCUGUCACCAAAUUAUAGACACCCUCAUAACAAAUCAUCAAAAACUCGUGACCCACUACUCCCCUAGAUAUUUUAUGUCAUUCAUGGACGGCCACUUGGGAAAAAGUCAAGGAUACAGCCAGUUUCUACCAGACAAGUUAAAACUUGAAUUUCAUUUACCGUGUUAGUAAAAAAUUGCGAAAUUUAAUUGCUUGUUUCCAUGCUUACAUUGUUGUUAAUCAUUAUUCAUAUCCAAUCUCGUGUGAAGAAUUUUCUCACUCUCCACAGCAAGUUGAUGAAUUCCUGUUAUGUUGAUAUAUAUAUAUUUCCCAGUUACUGCAUUGCUGGAGAAAGAGGACAACCUUCGGCCAGAGUCCAGAUCACAUGUUUUAUCUAGUUCAAGAUCAAGUGGGCUUGUUGCAUCCAGCACUGAGGACCUGUCACAUUCACCAGGCAAUCAGAGGACCAAACGAUCAUCAGGGGUGACAACUCUUGCCAGUGUAUCCAAAGGGUCUUCGGUAUCUUUAACACCAAGGUAUCCAAAAAUGAUGAGCGCAUAGGGAUUUAAUCUUCAUUAGAUGGCUUUAGUUCAUUAGAUGGCCUGACUUAGUUGGCUUUAACAUAUGCUUUAGUGGUAGUUUGUAGGAUCGGUGAUUUAAUGAUGCCAGUAGUUCUAGCGGUUCAUUGCUUGACUCUCAAACAAUUGUCAACUUUAAAUUCACCACUUUCAUUUAAAUUCACCACUUUCACUAUUUAAUAAUACACAGUUUUUUUAUUGUAUUUGAGAAAAAUCUCAGAACAAAAUCUAGAUGCUGUUAAACAGGUUGGAAAGCACUGAUCUAGUUUAUGUUAAAUAGGUUUCAAACCAAAGAUCUUAUUGAUGUUAAAAUAGGUUGGGAAUCGCUCAUCAACGUGAUAUUAGAAUAGGUUGGUGACCACUGAUCCUAAUGUUAAAUAUAUUUGGAACCACUGAUCCUGUUGAUAUAAAAUAAGUUGUGGACCACUAAUCUAGUAAUUUUAGAUAGUUUGAGAACCUCUCAGCGACUGUAAAAGUCAUUAUUUUUAAUUAAAUUUUCAGUGUUAAAACAGCAGAGGACUCAAGAGACAAUUCUGACAGCUCUAUCAAAACAGCUUCUGAUGUGGAAGGCCUGGAUUCACAGACUGCCAGUGUCCCAGAGGAGAUUGCAGGAGAGGAGUCUUACAGCAUGUCAUUUGAUGAGACUCUGACGGACGAGGAGUCAUUCCGACAAGUUCUGCCCUCGGAAUCCCACAGGAAGGAGCUAAGGAGGCAGAGUGGAGAGUUCAAUGCUUCACGGAAUAAUGAUUGUAAGUAGAUCUGGACACUUGGUGCAUUAGUUUUAUCGGUACUUGAUCUAAAAAACUGUGCCAUGUAUGUAAUGUGUGCUUGGAUUUAGAUAUAGAUUGGUUUCAUAAGAUACUGUAUGACGCUUGGGUUAAAUGGAGCAAUGAACAUUGGUAAUGUAAUAUUUUGUUGUGUAAAAUGUUUGGAAAGAACAAGAUUUCUCAUGAACAUUUCAAAAGCCAAUUGCACAUUUUACGCAAGGCUAAAUGAUUCAGACAAAGCUUUUGUUUACUUGACUUUGGUAGCAACCUUCAUUUAGCUAGGUCCUAUUACCUUGGGGGGGGGGGGGGGUGGGUGGUGAUUUUUUGUUUUAAAGUAUUAAUGUUGUAAAAUGUUGUUUUUAUGAGUAUUUUGAACAUGUUUAAUUGUUGUAUUGUGCAGUGUCCUCAAGUCACGUGACACCGCUGGGAGAUCUGAGCUCACUUUUUGUGGGUGAGGACAGUUUCAGCAAGUUCACAGCAGAGAUGGUCAGACAAGUGAUGAGGGAGGAAGAGUACAGGGCGCAGCAUCAGGUAGAUACUACAUGGCGUGUCUUUGGUAUUAUAACGCUAUAUAAUAUACAGGACACAGAAGCAGGCAGACAAUAAACGGGGUGUCUUUGUAAAUAUAAUGCUAUAUAAUAUACAGGACACCGCAGCAGGCAAACAAUACAUGGGGUGUCAUUAUUAAUAGUACAUAUGAAAGGAUGACUGGAAAUGUUUCAAUGUUUUUUCUAUGAAAAAUAUAUAGCUCUACUAGGGAACUUUAGUUAAAGCACAUGAAUCAAAUACUUUGUAUGGAAUAUUGCAACAAGCCUUUUUUUAAAAUAAGUCCACAUUACCGGGUACAAUUAAUUUGUAAAUAUAAGGUUGUAUUUUUUGUGUAUUUCUUUAGAUUGUAUACACAUUUUGUACGCACAUAUGUUAAAUAAUUAUCAAAUGACCCUUAGAUUGUGCCCACAUGUGAACACUUUUAUUGAAUGCCCAAAUGACCACAGGCUGCUCUACUUAACCUGAGAGAAAAGGCCCUACAAGAGAAGGCCAAAGUGGAACUUGCCUGGUUGCAACAGUUGAAACAAAAACCUACCAACAAGGGGGCAGACGAUGUCUUCCCAAACCUGGACCAGAGAGAGAGAAAGAUCAGAAAAAAUCUUCAGGAACAGCAGGUGAGAGAUACUAGUACCUUUAUUUCUAUGCGUGUCAUGGUUGUCAUUCAAUAACUGAUUAUUAUUUUUUUUUUUACUUUUAUAAAUAAAAAAUAUGUUACAAAAAUUUAUUAACAAUCGAGUCUGUGUAUUAUUUACAUUGGAAUAUUGUCAAAUUUUAAACUGACAAAUUUAUAAAAGCUAGUAGAGGUCUCUUUCAACAACACAAAUGUUUGUUCUGCCAUGGACUCUGUCAACACAACCAACAAUACUUAAGGUAUAGAUUAUGUAUUCUACAUGAUGUUCCCUUGGGUAAUCCAGCGGAGUGGAGAGAGGCGAUUUGCUGUUGGGAACCAGCUUAUAAUCCUAGAACAAUAAUCCUAGGCUUGUGGAUUUCGUCAUGCGAAGUCUUCAAUAUCGUCACAUUGUGACCGGCGGAUGCUAGCAAAAAAAAAAAAAAAAGAUUAUGUAUUCUAAUUUUUGUGAAAUUUCAAAUUUGUGGAUAGACUUUGCUAUCUGUGUCCAAAAGUUUGCAGAUAAUCACCAUCUGCCGAUAGUGUUUUCUAAUUUGUCCACACAUUUCCACAAAUAUGCCUGUUGUUAACAGUCCCAAGCCUGACAACUUCUAUGAUCAUGUAGGAUAAUGUAGGCUAAAAAUAGACAGAAAAUCAAACUAUUAUGUAUGUUUGUAGUUACCCAAUAUGGCCUAUAGAUCUUAGAGUUACAUUGACAUUUUUGAAAACAUGUAAAAAACAUUCAUGAACCAUAAAUGAUCAUACGUUAAUCUUAAAGCGUAGGCCUAAAAUUAUUCUAAAGCUUUCAGUUAAUUUUUAGAAAUUUUAAAUGGAAAUUUUUAAUGAACCCCUUCAAAUGGGUUUGGUUAGAAAAGAAAAAAAACAAAUGUUGGGUUAUCAGAAAUGUAAGGAAAAUAAAAGUGUUUGGUUUUGUGGAAACUAUUGGUAAGAAAGAAUCAAGGAGUCUUGAGUUAUAGACUUGUAGGAUAGUUCUUGUGCCAUCUCAGUUCAUGACAGCUCUUAUUUUCCCAGGCUGAGAUCCGACGUUUACAGGAGGCCAACAAAAUGGCCAGUAAAGAAAGGCAGAUGCUGUUGCAGCAACACGAGGAGAUUGCCAAGAUUAAACACAACACGAAUGCUGUAAGUUGAUGAUGGCUGGUGUUUCUCUUCUCUCCACUAACUCAAAGCUUCAUUGUAUUCAUUGUUCUUUCAAAAUGAACAUUUUUACCAUUGGAAACUAAGAAUCCAAAAAAAGUAUUGUAAAAACAUUGUCUUAUAAGUUGUUGUUUAAACUUAUGAUGAGGAAAAUAGUUAGUAACAAAAUCAUAGCUAAAGUCAAAAAGAGUAAUAAAAAAAAAAUUUUUUUCAGACACUUCAGAAAUUAAAGAGCACUCCUGCCAAUGGACGACUGAAUCGCCCUUUUGAGGUUCACACAGAAGAUGAGGUCAGUCAUACACUAAAACUUAAACUCUGUCAUCAGAAGAGUCAUACGUGGGCAACUUUUUAUAUGGGUUUCUUUUUAUUAGUUGAUGCGAACGUGCAGUCCGUAACGUCAAACUUGCGUUAGAGAAUGUUCCUAACCAAUAAUGAAAAUGCAUCUAUAUCCUGUACCAGACGGAAGCUACAUCUGACGUGACAGAGGAUAUCAAGGAGUCCAAAUCUGACUCUGAAAUGCCCAACAGACGAGCCCAAGGAGACAAGAAGAUCAUGGAGAAACAACAGAAGAUGAGAUUAGAUCAAAAGUAGGUGGACAUCAUUGUUCUAAAACAACGUUGCAUACUGUAAACUGUCAUUGGACUAUCUUUGAAUACGCUGGAGGAAUGUGAGAUUUUGGGCAAGAGUACAAGAGAGUGUGAAGAUGGCGCAAGCCAUGCAUGACUUCAGAGAGAGUUAUACAUACAUAUAAUUAAUUAUUCCAGCUACCCAAUGAAGUGUGAUGAUUAUUCUAUUGCAUUGGAGAAAAUACUUUAAAUAUUUGAAUAUAUGAUGUGUGUACUUCAAUGAAAGUGAAGUGUGUAAAAACAGUACUUGACAUUUUCAUUAUGGAGGGCUGUGAGGGUUGUGUGUGUGCGACAUGGUUGGGAGUGGCAAAAAACGGAGCAUCCAUAUAGUUGUGAAGCAUGUUGCAUUGAUGUCAUAGAGGGUUCAAUGUAUGAGAAUAACAGUUGCAAUUUAGACUGGGUUACAAAAUACAUGGUUAAACAUACAUUUUGUUGAGAUGAGAAGUAGGUCACCAUUAGCUAUGUUGUUCAUAGUGUGUAGUUAAAAAGUAGGUCACCAUUAGCUUAUUUGUACAUAUUGUUGAGAUAAGUAGGUCACCACGAGAAGCUAUGUGAUUCUUUCAAGGUCAUACAGCUGUGUUUUCCUGUUGCAUCUUCUUUCAGGCUUUCACCUGCACUGUGUUCCUUUGAUAUCACAGCAAGCUCUGUUAAAUCAUUGUUUCUAUGACCUAGGUAGUUUAGUAUUGUGCUCAUCUAGCAAGCUUUAUUAAAGCAUUGUUUCUAUGACCUAGGUAGUUUAGUAAUGCACUCACAUAAUAAGCCAAGCUAAGUUGCUACCAUUGACUCUAUCACUCAGGUACAUGACAGCCAGAGAACAGAAGCUCCAUGAAAGAAAGAAGCAAGCCAAGGAGCUACUGGAGUGGAAGAAAAAGUUGGAUGCCGAGGAACAGAAAGUCUACAAGCUGGAGAAAAAAGCGAUUGAGGCCUGGGGGGGAAAGAACAAGGAGAGGAAGAAAGAAGAAGCACCGGUUAAAAAAUGUGAGUGUCAGACUGCUUCAACUGCUUAUAAAUGUGGUGCAAAUCCUUUAGCCCUGGGACCCAUGUUGUUAUACAAGCCCUGGGACCCAUGUUGUUAUACAAGCCCUGGGACCCAUGUUGUUAUACAAGUCCUUUAGCCCUGGGACCCAUGUUGUGUUAUACAAGCCCUGGGACCCAUGUUGUUGUACAAGCCCUGGGACCCAUGUUGUUAUACAAGUCCUUUAGCCCUGGGACCCAUGUUGUUAUACAAGCCCUGGGACCCAUGUUGUUAUACAAGCCCUGGGACCCAUGUUGUUAUACAAGUCCUGGGACCCAUGUUGUUAUACAAGCCAGGGGACCCAUGUUGUUAUACAAGCCCGGGGACCCAUGUUGUCAUACAAGUCCUUUAGCCCUGGGACACAUGUUGUUAUACAAGUCCUUUAGCCCUGGGACCCAUGUUGUUAUACAAGUCCUUUAGCCCUGGGAUCCAUGUUGUUAUACAAAUCCUUUAGCCCUGGGACCCAUGUUGUUAUACAAAUCCUUUAGCCCUGGGACCCAUGUUGUUAUACAAGUCUGUUAGCCCAGGGAUCCAUGUUUGUUGGCCUGGGACCCAUGUUUUUGUAAUACAAGUUUGUUGGCCUGGGACCCAUGCUGUUGUACAAGUUUCUUGGCCCUGGGACCUAUGUUGUUAUACAAAUUUUAGUUGGCCUUGGAACUUAAUGGUAGGCUUGUCUGUCUUUCAAUUAACAGGCAGCAGAUUUUAAUUGCUCUGCCAUCAUCCCAACUAUGUCGAAUUAUGUGCAAGUUUGAAAGCUUGGUCUUGAUAUUCUCAUUGUCUUCUAAAGCAGUAUUCCUAAUCUGACUCUUGUUUGUAAGCAGGGUCACAGCUCAACAUUGUAUUUUACAUUUCUAGUUUUUAAAUAUUUCUCUUGAUGACACUGUCAAAAUUAAAUUUUAACAAUAAUAAAAUCAUUUAUUCUUCGCAGCCUCCAAACUUGUCACGCCAUCCAAGGGAGAUGAUUCUAAUGUCAUAUCCAACCGAAUGCUCUCUUCUAUUCAUGAUGAGCUGGAUGGUGCAGCCCUCAGGUCAAGGACGGUUCAGAGUUCAAUAUCUGAGGUCAUCUCAACCCAGCUGAGCAUGUCGGAGUCUGUGACAGACAAGAGGUCAAGGUCUUCCAUUCAAGAGAAAGACAAACAGACAUCACCGGGUGCCAGCGGUAGUGAGAGUUCGAUACCAGAAGAAAUUCCAUCAGUUGAGAAACAAAAGGUUGGAUUCAUUUGUCAAUGUUUGGAUUUAGUUUUAUAAUUUGGAGUGGGGGGGUGGACCAACUGACUGUGAAAGAGAAAUAUCUAUAAUUGAACUCAGCAUUUUUUAAAGAAACCAUAUUGAGGUCAAGGUUAAAACGACCAACAGAUAAUCAAAUAACUGAAAAACAAUAAAGACAUUUUAAAAGUGGAAUAAGUUUAUAUAAUAGUUUACCAAUCCUUGGAAAGUUGUUUUUUUUCUUCUUCUGGCAAAUGAUUUAUGAUAUCUUCCUUUGUGUGGCAUAGGAACUGUGUUAAAAUUGCAAUAGAUGUCUGGUACAUUUCUUCUUCUUCUAUAUCUUAAGGGCCCACGAUCAAUUUAUUGAUCAUUUUGGCUCCUAUUUAGUAUUAUAGAUCUCUUGUAGAGGUUUUAAUUGUAAUAUUGUGCAAUUGAACUUCAGGCCCAAGAUUCAGGGGAUGACACUAUAAUCACCAGCAUUGCCAACGAUGACUAUGCUGACACAUUUGAACACGAAGGACCAUCCUCAGUGUCCAAUCGUAGAAAAUCUCCAGUCGGCAAACUUCUUCCUCAAGGCAACUCGCCCCUUCCAUCACCCUGGUCGAGAAAAACUGGAUCAGAGAGUGAGUCGGAAGACUCCAUAUCUCAUACAGGUAAUUUCCCUUGUCACCAUUUUUGUACAUUUCUCCACUGGUUAGGUAUUGUAAUUUAACCUGAGGCAAUUAAAUUAGAUAAAGUUUCUCUCCUCAAUUUCUCAAACUGCAAUAUAUGAAAAGAAUUUAGAUCUUUAUUUUGUCCCACUAAAAAUCUAUUUACUAAAUGCUAACUCCUGGCUUUCAUCCUAAACCAAUAAGGCCAGCUCUCUAUCAUAUGCAUGUAAGCAGAGCAGCGGAACAACAUUUUUUAUUUAAAGUUGAAGGCUUUUGAAUCAAGUGUCACAACUAUCAUUGUGUGACAAGGAUCGACUUGCCAUUCGAUAUUACUAAUAAAGUUUAUAUUUUGUAAAUGUUUGUUUUAUUAUAAUCAUUAGGGAUUGGCAACAUUGACUAGAUGUCAUGUGUCCUCUCCCCCAGUGCAUACAUAUCUACUCUCCUAUGUAACCUUAUUAAUUCCUGUAAAUAGCUUUGUGAGAAGUUAAGUCCAUCACUAUGAAUGAAAGUCUUGUUCUGCUUCUAUAGAAUCCAUUUUUAAUGUGUUUCAGAAACCUUGUCAGAUGUCAGUGAUUAUGAGGUCCGCAUUCGGCAGUUGAGCGAUGAGCUGAGGAGACGCAGGAAAGAGGUGGAAAUCCUGAAAAAGGAGCGAUCUCAGAGGAAGAAAGAAAUAUUCAAGGCCAAGGAAGAAGCAAUGAAGAAACAGUUGGAGGUAACUGAAUUUGAAUUUAUCUGCUGUGAUUUUGCAUUUCUAUUGUAGAAGUCUGUAAAAAGUAAUCCGUUUACCAACAUAGAGGCUCAUAGGCAGAGUACGAGCUGAUCACUGUUUGAUGUUAGUUCUGUGGUGGGGGCGGAGGGGGGGGUGCAAGAUGUCAAAUAUGGGUUUACUGUUUCCGUAUAUUUUUACAAUCUCUGACGGAAAACUUUUACAAUCUUUCAUAUGACGGAACAUUUUAAAAUCUCUCAAAUGUAGUGACAGAAAACUUUAGCAAUCUUUCAAAUGUUGUGAUGGAAAACUUUUACAAUCUUUCAAAUGUAGUGAUAGAAAACUUUAGCAAUCUUUCAAAUGUUGUGAUGGAAAACUUACAAUCUUUCAAAUGUAGUGACAGAAAACUUUUACAAUCUUUCAAAUGUAGUGACAGAAAACUUUUACAAUCUUUCAAAUGUAGUGACAGAAAACUUUUACAAUCUUUCAAAUGUAGUGACAGAAAACUUUUACAAUUUUUCAUAUAUAGUGACGGAACAUUUUUACAAUCUUUCAAAUGUAGUGACAGAAAAUGAAUUGAAUUGCACCAUAACAGCCCCUGCAUUCAAUGGCAACCCCACAGUCUGCUUCAAAAAAACCUUUACAUUCUAUCUACUGCUUCAAAUCAACUUAGACAUUCUAUCUACUGCUUCAAAUCAACUUAGACAUUCUAUCUACUGCUUCAAAUCAACUUAGACAUUCUAUCUAUCAGUGGUGUGCUUGAGCCAGUCCGGGCUAAUUGGUUUUUAAAUUUUGAGUAUUCUAAUGAACCUUUGUUAAAAAAAUGUCAAAAUAAUGAAAACUAUAUAAAUAUAUAAAAUAUAUUUUUUUUAAUUUUCUAUAACCGAUGAGUACCAAACCAGUUGUUCCUUGAUUGGCAGCACACCACUGAUUUCUACCCUGGAAAGAUGCAGUUGGUCCUGAAGAAUUUCACAGUGACUCUGUUGUAUCUUUUUACCAGGCAUACAAUAAUUACAUCCAGCAGUUGAAGGUAGAGAAAGAUGAACUUGAGCAUGAGCCCCAGUUCUUGAGGACGGCUGUCAAGCCGCAGAUCAAACAGCCACGCGUGGGACACCACACUAAGCCACGACCCGCCAGGAAGGCAGAUGAUGCUGCCAGUAAUUCCUCUAGUUUUGAGGAAAUGCGAGACAGCCCCGUGUCCAACCAGUCAAGUCCAUCACUGGAUGGCAAAGGUAGAAAUCGGUUUUUGUUUGAGUUUGUUUUGUUUUCUUUUCAAUGUAAAUCAAAAAAUUUUCCUUUCAAUAUUUUCUUAGAGACUCUGUCCAUUUGAAGUUAAUAGUUCUGCAAAUAUGUUCACUGGUAAUUUCCAAGGAAUAAACUAAGCUUGCUGGAGUCUGUACAACUCACGAGAUGUCCAAUGUGAAUAUAUGUUGGCAAUCAGCUUUAGACGUGCUGAUUCAAAUAGCAAUAAAAGGAAACUUAUUUCGAAUGUUGGGGUUUGUUGUGUGUGUCAUUUUGAGAACUAGAUGUUGAGAAUGAUGAGAAUGAGGAAGGGUUUGUUUUUUUUUAUUUCUAGAUGCCAAACUGUCUCCAGUGGAUGAUAAAUCCAAGAAGAAGGUUGCAGUGUCACUGAUGGAUCGGAUAUCGGAGGGAUCUGAAUCAGAUAAGUCGGGAGCAUCUGCUCAAGUCAAAGAUGCAAAGAAAGAUUCCGACCAUUCGGAGAAGACAUCCAGUGUCCAGGAGAUGAUUGAAGAGGUUUCCCAACUGGACACCAACACAUCGGAGAAGACAGGGUCUGACAAGUUGAAUAUCCAAAUCAAAGAUGUCGAAGAUGGUGAGAAGAAAGGUUCAGAAGUAGACAAAGAUGAAGACGCAUCGUAUACUUACGACUUUUCUGAUAAUUACUCCAGCCUGGCCCAGAGCCAUAGCAAGGUUCCACUAAGUGCGAGGAGCCAGGGGUCUGCUAAAGGGCCCACAGAUGGAGACAUUUCUGAACACAUUGAAGCUCCUAGCACAGCUCGAUCUGUCUCUGGAGCCUCAAAUGACAAACUGGACCUCAAGAAGGAGACGAGUGGUCAAGAUCUGGAGACAUCACUUGAUAAGAAGUCUGUCAGCAGUCCCCCCGUGACACCCACAGAGUCCAUUGCCAGUCCACCUAUUACAGGUAUUCAGGAGUCUGACAGUGAUGAGACAGAAUCUCGUGUCAACUCUUAUCAGAAAUCAGAGGGCAGCUCCAGGCCUUCAAGUGAACGUUCACUGGGGAGUAACAGGUCGUAUCCUGAGGAAGAUGAAGAGGAGGAUAUCAUGAGUUCAGGUUCUGAGAGGACUCCAGUGAUGUCGUCUCAACGGCUCCUGCCCAAUGUCGUCAGCGCCACAUCCCUCAGGACAGAUGAUGAGGACAUUAGUGAACAUAUUUCAGCAAGUCUUCCAUCAAUCUCAGAAAAGCGUGGCCACUCUGCCUCAUACCGUCAGGAUCAGGACAUGCUAGACAGGUAAGAAAUCUUAGUCAUACUGGAGAAUGAUAUCAAUAUUUCCUGCAGUGUAAAUUUAACAAAUAUUUCCUUCAGUGUAAAUUUAACAAAUAUUUCCUUCAAGGUAAAUUUAAAAAAUAUUUCCCUCAGAGUAAAUUUUUUUUCAUAUUUCCCUCAGAAAUGUGAACAAAUAUUUUAGUGUAAUGGGAAACAUGAACUGCAUGUUAAAAUCUUCUUGAAUUGAUACUUUACUCAGCAGAAAUAAAUAUUCUCCACUUUAAUUCCAAUUAUACAAAGAUAUUUUUAAUUUCAUCACUCUAUUAUAAAAUAGCUCAGUUUUUAUAAAGAAUCAUUUUUGUCAUUCAUUUUGUUCAAAGAUUAGAAGAAAAAAGGAUUUAAAUCUUUGGUUUCAUAUUCUCUUUGUGGUCGUCUCAUGACAGGGAUGUUUUAUAUUUUGUCUUCAGUUUGUUGGGGUUUGAUGAAGAGGCUGAGGACAAAGAUGAAGAUGAGAAGACACCUGUAGCCACACCCAGAGAGAUGGCCCAGACACCGGUACAAGAGGAAGAAGAGAACAUGUUGCUACUCACUGAUCCAUUGGCCGACUUCCAACUUGGGGACCGUGUCAUAGUGUGGGGCAGACUACCAGGACAACUGCGCUUUAAGGGCAAGGUGGAAUUCUCUCCAGGAAUCUGGGCAGGCGUUGAAUUGGACACCAAGGCGGGCGAAUCUGAUGGAUUUCACGAGGGCAAAAGAUAUUUUACUUGUGCGUCAGGACACGGGGUUAUGAUUCCUGGAAGUGAAAUAGGUGCAGAGAAGGAAAAACCUGAUCUCAUUAACAUGGAAGAAAUUGAAGAAAAAUUUAGUCCAGAUGAAUCACUGAGCACAGAUCAGGAAGAUUCUAACGUUGUGGACACUGUACAUAAAGAAGAGAAUCUACUUGGGGAUUCUAUCAUACACUCAACGCCAGUCGGCUCUCCUUAUCCAGUAGAAUCUAACAUUGAAAAGCCAAGAGGCUCACCAGUCAAACGAGAUUGGACUUCAAUUGGGGAAAGCAUUACAGAUAAACUCACAGCCACGCUUGUGGAGGACACCUUGGCCGCAGUUGGACAGGUCGCCAGCAAGAAAUCUGCUCCCCCGACCUCACCUAAACCUGUACGAAAGCUGGAACCGAAUGUGUUGGUAAUCAAAGAUUCAGUGGAAAGCUCACAGCCACCACGGCGUGGUCAAGAGGACAGUCAGACAUCCAAAGAUGUGAGCACAGACAGAACCACAGACAUCCUGAUGAAGUCGGUGCUGGAGGAAGCCAUAGCUGACAUGAUGAACAUCAGGAAGAGAAAAGCGGCAGCCGCUAAAUUCCGUGACCUGAAUGCCCCGAGUUCCCUGGUCAACGGCCAUUCAGAAAGCAAAGAGCUGGGCUUGUCAUUUGAAGAUGAGAGAGAGGAAGACAUUCAGGACAACGACUCGGGUCUGUCCCUGGAGCCCAUCCAGAGACCUUCCUCCCCUGUGCCUGGAGACGGGCAUUCUUUACAUGAUGUGAGUCUGUUGUCAUGUCACUGAGCUUUGGUUUUUCUUUUCAUUGACUAACCUAAGGACACUUAUUUACAGGUUUAAUCAUCAUUUUUAAUAACCUUAAGUCUAUGGUAAUGAAGAAACUAUUGUGUUGAGAUGGUUAAAAUUGAUGAGAGAUGUCCAUGUUGUACGGCAUUGUAAGCAGCUUUAGGUUCUGUUCACGCUGAUUGUAUUUUCUUUUAGUAAGUUUGAUCAAAGGCGUUAUAUAAAUGUUGGACAUUUUAUUUUUCAAAGGUAGCAAAAUUUUCUAGCUUUGCCUCACAUAUUUUUUUUCUUAAUUUUUGCCAGCGCAAGGCACUCAAUGAUGAGAUGUCGGAGCUGUUCGGGGAAUAUAUUGAUGAUGACCUUGGAUUCGAACAGUCCACCAAUUCAUUAAAGCCUUAUACUGGCAACCAAGGUAAUUUUUAUAAAAUGUUGAUGUUAUCUUAAUAAAAUAAAUGAUUGACUGUACUGUGGACUGUAGCCAGAGUUGACUGUACUGUGGACUGUAGCCAGAGUUGACUGUACUGUGGACUGUAGCCAGAGUUGACUGUACUGUGGACUGUAGACAGAGUUGACUGUACUGUGGACUGUAGCCAGAGUUGACUGUACUGUAGACUGUAGCCAGAGUAACAUUUAAUGAUUGACUGUACUGUAGACUGUAGCCAGAGUAACAUUUAAUGAUUAACUGUACUGUGGACAGUAGCUAGAGUAACAUUUAAUGAUUGACUGUACUGUGGACUGUAGCCAGAGUAACAUUUAAUGAUUGACGGCCAUAUGACAUCUCGAAAUAUUUGGAAUAAAAAGGACCAAUAAUGUCACAAGUUAAAAACUGUUGAAUGUGAGGAUAUUAUAGCUGCAGUUGGGAGCAACCACCACCAUGCCCCUGCAUACCCAGACAUACCCUUCUCUCUUAAAUUUUAAAAAAAAAUCUGCUCCUACAUAAUGGCUCACUUAAUAUUUUAAAAAAUGUAUUCCAUCUUAUUCUUAACCAUUCUAUAAUAUAUAUGUAGCCUUCUUAUUAUUAACCAUUGUCAUUCUAUAAUAUUUUGUAUGCAUCCUGUUGCUGAUCAGCUUAUAUUACUGUACAUUAAAUUCUAGUGUGUGUCAACUUUUUAGGAUUGAUAGAUAUAAAAUCUUCUUGAAAUUAUUUCCUGAUUGUUUAAACUUAAAUUGCCAUCCUGCCGUCCAGUUGGUCUGCCUGAUAGGACCCUGGUGCCUGAAGAAAUACCACCGGUGGUGCCCCUUAGUAAAGAGGAGUUGAUUCCUAUAAUUUCACGAGCUGUUGACAUCUUCUGGGAAAAUCGUCGCUAUGGGGAGUCCUUGGAAGGUGUUGCACCCCCACUUGAUUUUCUGUCUGACGAUGACGACAGGGCUGAGCCACUGGUCAUACAGAGUCGCAGGAGCUGGAAGCGAAUGUUGUUUGAUCUGACAGGGGAGAUAAUACGUGACAUUUACAAGAAUGAGGACAAGGUAAGUCUUUUAAUGUCAUAGGUUAGUCACGGUCAACGCUAUAGAGACCGAUUGCCAAAAACUACAUCACAAACCCCACUUAUUAUCGCAUAGGGCCAACCCCGCAAUUAAACCAGAAUACUGAGGUUCCAGUUUAGGAGUUAAAAAAGUGCAUACAUACAGGAUGCCAUAGGUGCGCCAUCUCUUUUAUUGGUUACCUUUAAUUUCUAGCUUUAUCAAAGGAAAUUAUUGGUCUAAACAUUGAUUAUAAAAGUAAGUAUUCCAACAUUUAAAUCAAUAUAAGAAUAUAUAAAGCUGGAUAUUGCUUGACAAUCACAACUGAGAUAAAAAUAAUACUAAUGAAAUGUUUUUUUAUUGCUGUGUUUGUCUCAUUUUAUUUGCAGUCGUAAUUAUAUACCAAAGUUAGAAUAGUGUCAUUCCUUAAAAAUUCCAUUUCAAGAGCACUCAACUUCUAAAAUUAAAAUGUCAUAUAUCAUGAAAUCAGCCCAAUUACAUUGUCAGUAAUUUAUCAUGAAAUUAUUAUUUAAUAUUUUGAAAAACUAUUAUUCGUAAUAUUUCUUUUUGAUUCAUUUCUAAAGAUAAUACCAUGAGCUUGAGAGUAUAUUAAUGUGACUUUAAUCUGUUUGUUAAUUUAGCUGAACAUUUGUUUCACCAUUUAACAGAUGGAGCCGCCACCAUGGCAGAAAGCCCGGCACACUUCACAGAAAUUCUUCAAAGGUGCUAACCCACCCACCACACUUGAUGGCCUCCAGCCCGUUGUCCAAGCCGCGGUCUUUAACCUUCUCGAUGUCAACGGCACGAAAAAGAGUGUCUCCGUCAACAAAUGGAAUAUCCGCAAGAAGAAAGAUGUGGUGGACUCAGUUCUCAGCCAGGAACUGGGGGAGGAAGAGAAAGGCUGGGUGGACUACUCACAGGAUGAACUGAACCUCAAAAUGUCUCUGACAGACUCCUUGUUUGACUCUCUACUUCUUGAUACCGUUCAAGCCGUCAACGGAAUCUAUCAGCGACGACAACACUCCAAAGUGUGAUAACUUAUUUGUGGACAAGUGUUGGAUCAAUCGUUCUUGCCUCGUGUUAAGCUGCAAAAAUUCCAAUUGUGAUAAACUAUUUCCUGAUACGUGGCAAUGAAUAAACUACUUCCUGAUGUGUGGAUAUGUUGUGAAGACUUGGAAGUAAAUGGGAGAGAAGUGACUUGUCUUGUGGGAUUAUCUCACCCUGGAUUAUUGGACAAGAUAAAAGACUAGAGUCAAGACUGGUUUGCUGUGGUGGAGAGAUGGGACUUCAUUUCAUUACCUGCUUGUGAUUUUGGAUUUUUUUUUUAUAACAACAGGCUCAUAGCACAAAUAAAUGCAUGCUCUCUAACUCUGCAAAGUGGCUGUUAAUGGAUUCUUUCCCUUCUGUUGGGUUUAUUUAAUUUGUUCCUUUUAUCGAGACAUGAUUUGCUGUUCUUAUUUAAAAGAUUUUUCCUUGUGACUAGAGAUCAGAAAUGUUGUUUGACAGAAGAGAAGGGGGGAGACAUUUGGUCAAUACUUGCAGCUAACACUGUUUUAAUUGAAGUACUUGUUAGAAAAAGUGAUCAUGCACUUGAUGAAACUAAGCCAAGACUAUAGCACUCAAAAUAUCUAAUUUCUGUCUCAUUAUCUCAUUAUUCAUUGACACCAUAUUUAUUAGAAGACAUAUUUAUUGUAAAAAAAAAAUAUUUAUCACGUAGUUCACAAAAAUGACAUCGUAUAUUGAAUACUGUACAUAAGAUUAAAUCCUUUGGUAUCCUAAACUAACAGUGUACAUUCUUGUUUGAUGUUUUCUGUGUAUAACUUACCAUUCCAGUCACAAUCUGCCCUUAUGUUCAACAUAUUCAGCACCAAGGCCUUACUGUUUACAGUACCAAUUCCAUAAAGCACCAUACUUCAUAUAGAAUCAAAGCCAUAUUGCAUACUGCACAAUGCCAUACCAUACUGCAUACAGAACCAAGGCCUGGUCCCAUUGUAUACAGCACCAAAACCAUACCGCAUACAAUCUGUCAGAUUUUUAAAAAAAUUUAAUUGCAAUUGGAUUACAUUUUCACAACACGUUCACAUACAGACUAUUUAUAUUUUUCUGCAUUCUUUAUCACCAAAUGCAGAACUUCUCAUCCAUAUUUCUAUAUAAAAUAGUUCAUUUAGCAAACAGUGAAAAAGUAUAUUCAGAAAAAUAUACAUUAAAGUUUCCUGAAAGCAUUUCAAACAUACAUUUAGGUCUGACCCUAAAUUAGAAUCAAAGAUGUUCUCCUCCAAAUAAGAACCAUAAUCCUUGAUGACAGAGAUAAUGUUGAUAUUUCAUUGAGCAUCGACAGUGCCGAAGGUGCUGUCUCCUGUAAAUUAUUGUGAAUAUCUUGAUCAGAGGAUUGUACCAAAUUUUAUGACCGUGCCUUACAUUAAUAGGCUACAUAGAAAAUUUACAAAUAUCAUUGAACCCUUAUUUCUCUAAUAGUGAAAUAAUGGUAACUCCCAUAUGACUCAUGACCUAUAAUGACUGAUAGUAAUGGGUUAACAAGUUUAUUAGAUUCACCAUACUUAACCUUACUGUCUCUCUUAUUUUUAAUUUAAUUAAAUUUUGUUUAAUGAUAAACUUUUUUUUUAAAGGCAAACCAAUAUGAAUUUCAUUAAUUUUCACAUUAGGGUAUAAUGGUAUUUUUCAUGUUUCUAGAGUUAACAGAUCGGAUUUUCACAAUUUUAUUCUUAAAUUUACUAAAAAUAAAAAUACCGGCAAUAUUUUUUUUGCAAUAUUUUUAAUUUCUUUAAAUACCUGUAGUGGAGCCCGGGGAUGUGCGUGUGGACUGAGACUUAGGGCAAACUUAUCUUCGGUCAGGUUCAAAACCUGUUUGAAUAUGGAGCCCAGCAGUUUAUUCUUUUCACGUACUCCACUCUGUCCAUACAAAACACAAUACUUCACGACUUAUGAAGUGGCGCACUAUGAACCACCAUUACUGUCUCCGGUGUUUUAAAAUUUUUAAAUAGUUAAAAAUUGAAGAUGAUUAUUCCCUCCUUGUUUAGAUAGAUGUCCACCUGUUUAGUGAUGUAAUGAUGAUGCUGUGGAUAUUUAUGAGAUCAAAAGUACAUCUGUAUUUCUUUGAAGUCCUGUCCCUUUUUCUUUACAAAAGUACAUUUUAUUUCAUUUAUGUUUUUAAAAAAACUAUUAUGCAGUAUAUUUACAAAAUGAUUGUCUUCCUUUCUUAUCCAUUUACAAGCUCAUUUCAGAACCAAAAUUUUGAAAAUCAAUUUAGAAAUACAUUUUCUUUACAAAGUUUUACAUUUAACAUUUUUACACCUGUUAAUGCACAGGUUCCCAACCUGCAAAAAGACUAGUGGCCCGCGAUACCUAACGAUUUUAAUGGGGUGAAAGUGAAAGAUACAAUAAAUUGAUGUCAAUUAAAAUAAGUUUAACUUCAAAACUUCAAAAUUCUUGGUUGAAUUUUCAUUAAUGCUAACCAGCAUUUAAUCUGUUUUUUGUUUUUUUUUAUUUCAAUGAAAGAAGUGUUGAUAGUCUGGUCUCAGACAUUUGCUGACAGAUUAAAUUGGUAAAUUGCAAUAUAAUAUCAUUUAUUUGAAUUCAUUGUAUCAGUCCUUUCAGGGUGGCAACCCGUUUUUGAAUCUGUAACUGAAUAGAAUCCGGGUGUUCUGUCAUUUCAUUUCUUUUUUAUUACACAAGAUAAGAAAACUGACGGAAAUGAUAGAAAAGAGUAUAGUUAAAGACACUUCAACUUGUCCUUUUUUUUUUUUUUAAAUUAUGGCUCUUUAGUUGAGUAUCACAUGUUAGCACCAAGGAACAAUUGGGGAUUUAGCUUGUCUUGUGUUAUUCAAUGCUGUUACAAGUUUGUUUUUUUGGGGGAUUUUUUUUGUUUUUUUUUCAAACAAUAGAUUGAUUCACAUAUAUGUACAUACUUGACAUAUUUAUACUAAGUAGCCUUAAGAAAACUAAACUUUUAUGCAGUAAGACUGCUGUUAGGUCUGAUAUUUUCUUAAAGCUGUGAGUCUCACCAGGAGAUCUACAAACAAUAAACUCCUAUUUUAUUUGUUAAGCUGUGUACAGGUAAUCAAUUCUGAUGCUGGGUUGUUUCUACUUAAUAUUACAAACUACUAGAUUUAAAUAAUUUCCUUCUGACUGGUUAAUUAUCUUGUCUCUUAUGUAGGCUAAAAGAUUUUUUUUUAAAUAAUUUUUAUAUCUCAUUGAAUUAUCUUUAUUUCUAAAGUUGAGAUAUGAAUUGCUUUAUUCCUUUAUGACUUACAUACACGAUUCGCUUGCUGAGUAAUUAAGUAAAAAAAAAAGGUGAAACCAUUAUUACUUUUUUUUUUAUAAAUAUAUCUAUAUUUUUUACUUUAUAACAAAAAAUAGUACUUUUUGCUAUAAUUAUGGUGGCCUCCCUUUAUCUUGUCAUGGAGAAAGUUAAAACUGACUUUGUGAAAUGACCAGCUUUUGUGUGAGUGCAGUGAAAACUCAGUCUUCCAUUGACAUAUGUGUAGCAAUUCUUCAAGAUUGUAAUAACAGAAAUGAGCUGAUAUUUAUCUUGUGAUGAAACUAUAAAAAUGAUUAAAUAAUUUAGAUUUCCCCUUGGUGUAUCACUUUCUUUUCUAAAUUGCUAAUACUAAUACUAAUUGAGACAAUUCUUUUAUCUGGAGACCUGAGUACUCUUACGAUUUUGGCGUACAAUGUACAAUUUUGAGGUGUAAACAAUAUAUGUACUUUGGACUUUUUAUGUUUAAUUCAGCCACUAGUUGUGUAUAACUGAUUGGUGUGGGUUUUUUUUGGUUUAGGAGCAAAAAGAGACAUCAGGCAGCUUAUUUUAGUGUUAGUUGUGUGCUUAAUGUUGUAUGGAUUUUUGCACAAAAUAUUUUCAUCAUCAGUAU